CUGCCUUAACCAGCACAUGUUGAUUAAUGCAUUACGAUUGGGCUCCCCUUGAGCUGUUUAUUUUGAAUUUCAACAAUUUCUGAUUAUGUCGACGGAGCCAUCGGUGGCCAAGGAUGCUGUGCUGAAGCGCAGCGAGGCUCUGGCGGAAAACACGCCCCAAGUUAGUGGCUACGAUUUCAACGAAGGCUUAGACUACAGUAAGCUCUUCGAAUCCUAUGUGAACACCGGGUUUCAGGCCACGAAUCUUGGCCUGGCCAUUCGGGAAAUUAACAGAAUGCUGGAUUGCAGGGACCAGCCAUUGGAAGCGGACCAAAUAGACAGCCAUGAAACAGACGACUUCAUCCGUCGAAGAAGCAAGUGCACCGUAUUUUUGGGCUACACAUCCAACUUGGUUUCGUCCGGACUGCGAGAGACCAUUCGCUUUCUGGCCGAGCACCGUAUGAUCGACUGCAUUGUGACCACAGCUGGCGGCGUCGAGGAGGACUUCAUCAAGUGCUUGGCUCCCACGUUCAUGGGUUCAUUUGAGCUGAGUGGCAGGGAUCUCCGCGAGCGUGGAAUCAACAGAAUUGGCAACCUUCUGGUGCCGAACGAUAAUUACUGUAAGUUCGAGGACUGGGUGAUGCCGCUGCUGGACGAGAUGCUGGAGGAGCAAAAAUCCCAGGGAACUAUCUGGUCGCCGUCGAAGAUUAUUCAUCGGUUGGGCGAACGGAUUGGCGAUCCUAGUUCCAUUUACUAUUGGGCUGCCAAGAAUCAAAUACCAGUCUUUUGUCCCGCCUUGACGGAUGGCAGUCUGGGCGACAUGAUGUACUUUCACUCCUUUCGACAACCUGGACUCGUGGUGGACAUUCUGUCCGAUCUGCGGAGGCUCAACACCAUGGCUGUCAAGGCGGUCAACAGCGGGAUGAUCAUCGUGGGCGGCGGCGUUAUCAAGCAUCACAUUUGUAAUGCCAAUCUGAUGCGCAAUGGAGCGGAUUACUCAGUGUUCAUUAAUACUGCCUCGGAGUUUGACGGCAGCGAUAGCGGCGCUCGACCGGAUGAGGCUAUAUCGUGGGGCAAGAUCAGGAAGGAUGCCACCCCUGUUAAGGUGUAUGCCGAGGCUAGCUUGGUCUUUCCGUUGAUUGUGGGUGAAACAUUCGCCAAGCGGCAUCACUGCGCCGGCAAAGAGCUGCCCCGAGAGACUAACCAAGUGUAAAUAUAUACGAGAAAAUAAGGACAACGCAAUCAACG